GUCGCUCGCGUCCCAGACGCUGGCGGCCGCGGCGGGACCGGUCGCGGUGCCACCAUGGCGGUGCGACAGACGCUGAGCCGCGGCCUGCACCUAGGCCGAGUGUUGCUGCUGCGCUUCACGGCCAAGCCCGGCGCAGCCUACCUCUGGGGGCGGCCUGGGCCGGCGGCAGGCUGGAGUCGUGGAGGGCGCCCGGGCCGGGCCGCGGUGCUCGGUGCAGUGUCCCGAGGACUCGGGCUCCGGCUGCCCGACCGCUACCGCUUCUUCCGCCAGUCGGUGGCCGGGCUGGCGGCGCGACUCCAGCGACAGUUCGUGGCGCGGGCCCGGGGCGGCGCGGGCCCCUGCGGCCGAGCGGUCUUUCUAGCCUUCGGGCUAGGGCUGGGCCUCAUCGAGGAGAAGCAGGCGGAGAGCCGGCGGGCGGCCUCGGCUUGCCGCGACAUCCAGACAAUUUUUACCCAGAAAAGCAAGCCAGUUCCUGACCCACUGGACACACGACGCUGGCAGGGCUUCCGGCUGGAGGACUAUCUGAUAGGACAGUCCCUCGGCAAGGGGUGCAGCGCUGCCGUGUAUGAAGCCACCACACCCGCAUUGCCCCAGCACCUGAAAAAGACAGAGAGCACCAGGCUGCUGCCAGGAAGAGGCCCAGAUGUCAUCCCACAAGGAGAGCAGGAGCAGGCUCCAGAGGCCCCUGCCUUUCCCCUUGCCAUCAAGAUGAUGUGGAACAUCUCGGCGGGCUCUUCCAGCGAAGCCAUCUUCAGCAAGAUGAGCCAGGAGCUGGUCCCAGCUAGCCGAGUGGCCUUGGCUGGGGAGUAUGGAGCAGUCGCAUACAGAAAAUCCAAAGGAGGUCCCAAGCAGCUUGUCCCGCACCCCAACAUCAUCCGAGUUUUCCGCGCCUUCACCUCCUCAGUGCCUCUGCUGCCGGGGGCCCUCACUGACUACCCAGAUGUGCUGCCCCCUCGUCUCCAUCCCGAAGGCCUGGGCCAUGGACGCACGCUAUUCCUUGUUAUGAAGAACUACCCCUGCACCCUGCGCCAGUAUCUUCAAGUGAGCACUCCAAGCCCCCACCUGGCCACCGUGAUGACCCUGCAGCUGUUGGAAGGUGUGGACCAUCUGGUUCAGCAGGGCAUUGCACACAGAGACCUCAAGUCCGACAACAUCCUUGUGGACCUGGAUGCAGGUGGCUGCCCCUGGCUGGUGAUCUCCGAUUUUGGCUGCUGCCUGGCUGAUGAGAGCAUUGGCCUACAGUUACCUUUCACCAGCUGGUAUGUGGAUCUCGGCGGGAACCGCAGCCUGAUGGCGCCUGAGGUGUCCACGGCCUGCCCUGGCCCCAGAGUAAUGAUUGACUACAGCAAAGCUGACGUCUGGGCAGUAGGAACAAUCGCCUACGAAAUCUUCGGGCUCGCCAAUCCCUUUUAUGGCCAGGGCGGUGCCCACCUGGAAAGCCGCAGUUACCGAGAAGCUCAGCUGCCCACUAUGCCCGAGUCUGUGCCGCUAGAUGUGAGACAGCUGGUGAGGUCACUGCUCCAGCGGGAGGCCAGCAAGAGACCAUCUGCCCGUGUGGCUGCCAAUGUGCUUCAUUUAAGCCUCUGGGGUGAAGAUAUUCUAGCCCUGAAGCAUCUGAAAUUAGACAAGAUGAUCGCCUGGCUCCUCCAGCAGUCAGCUGCCACCUUGCUGGCUGAGAGGCUAACAGAGAAGAGCUUGGUGGAAACGAAGCUGAAAAUGCUGUUCCUGGCUAACCUCGAAUGUGAGGCGCUCUGCCAGGCGGCCCUCCUCCUCUGCUCGUGGCGGGCAGCUCCGUGACAAGUGCCCACCUGGCCCGUUACUAAAUGACUUGGCAGUGUCUGUGCUGGUGGUGUGUGAGUGGCAAGGGAGGGGCCCAGUGGGAGGUGCAAGUCAGGAGAAGCUCGUGUGGGGCUGGUCAGCCAGAGAAGGCCUUGGGGUUGGCACAUGGGAGGAACUGAGUCAAGAGUUUAGUCUAGUCAUGGACUCCAGCUGUGCAGUGUCCCAUCAGCUGUGUGGACCUGGGCUGUCCUUCUGUCAAAGCAAGGGAUGGUCCAACCAGGGCACUGGCAAGUCCUGGGGCUGGCCCCAGUGUGCGCUAAGUUGCUAUAACUACUUGGCCCUGUCAAUGAAGCACAGGACUAUGUAAAUAAAUGAGAAUGGGUGUAUGC